AUAAGGCGUUAUACUGGUUUAUAUAUUGGAGUAAUCAGAGCAGUUUUCAGCACAGCUGGAAAUUUGCUCUUAGUGAUGCAGGUGUUAACUAAAUGAGUUACGUGUGGAACAAUCACUGGGAUCAGAUGUUUUAAAAGUUUACUGUUGAUGCCGUCCAAGCCAGCACCAGAAUCCUUUAGCCCUUCAACAAUGUUUAAAACAACUGCUUGGCUAACUGGCUGAAAAGCUAAUUCAUUUGGAACCGCAACAUCAUUCAGCGAGUCCCGCGGUGGCACCCCUCCGCCGGAUCCAACCCCACCAGUCGACUCCCCGGGAGCAGCCGAAGCCGCUGCCGCCGCAGCUGCCGCCGCAGCUGCCGCAGCAGCAGCAGCGGGAGCUGGAGGAGAGGUGGUCCACGAGACAGUCGAGGUGGUGCAUGACGGCGAGCCGGUACCAGCAGAAUGGCAGACCGAGUACACGGACGGCCCGCUGACGGCCGCUGCGUCAGCCAUGCUGACCAUGCAGCCGGUGCCGCCGGAGGAAGGCCAUCACGUGCAGACCGACGAGACGUACGACUACAGCUACAGGAGCACGGCCGCGGCGCCGUCGCCGGCCGGAGCUGUCAGCACAGUCACCUCCCAGAGUCGCGCGCCCGCUGACCUGGUCUCGGGCAGUGAGCUGGGUCUGCUGCUGGCAGACCGAGAGGCCGAGGACCUCACCGCGCGCCGCUCGCCCUCCGAGCAGCCACAGCAGCAGCAGGUCGUCGAACAGCGCCGCGGCGUCAUCGUCGGCGACGGGGACCCCGGCUCGCCGCGCUACGGCGCGCCGCUGGCGCCGCUGCACGCGGACUCGCCCUCACCCAAGGAUAUGUCCUCUUCCACCGCAUACACGGCCCAGUACACGGGUCUGGCGCCCGCACAGGUAUUCGCCGAGCCCAUCUCCCAGUACAGCGCUCUGCCGCCGUCUCCGACGGCGACCUACGGACAGGCGACGACGGUCCGCACGUCGGCUGGGUCGUACGUGGCCGCGGCGGACCCCUACUACCGUGACUACUACUCUCCUGUGGGCUCCGCAGCGGGUACGACCGAUCAGUACGGAGGCAGCGCGCCGGCUAGCCGCGCCGCACCCGCCUUCGCCGAUGGUCAGGAGAGUCACGCCCAGUUCGUCGAGCGCUACAUCCGCCCCGGGUCGGCGGUCUACAAGCUGUCCAGCCAGGGUCUGGCCGUCGACCUGCCGUCACCGGAUAGCGGCAUCGGAGCUGAGGCGGCAACCCCGCGCGAUCAGGCCACCAGCCUGCAGCAGGGCACCGGUUUCGAGUACUCGGACGUGGUGGGACAGUCGUCGCUGCUGGCUGAGCCGGGUCUGAUCCGCGGCCCGGUAUCGCCAUCCACAUCCCGGUCCCGGCCGUGGCACGACUUCGGACGUCAGACAGAGGUGGACAAAAUCCACAUCCCGAAAAUCUUUUCCAACUUCGGCUUCCGUUUCUUCAUGGAGGCACCGAUUUCGACGAGCCAGCGUCGCGAGGACGACCGUCUAACCUACGUCAACAAGGGCCAGUUCUACGGCAUCACCAUGGAGUAUGUGCCCGAUCCGGACAAGCCGCUCAGGAACGGAACCGUCAAGAGUGUGGUGAUGCUGGUAUUCCGAGAGGAGAAGCCGGUAGAAGACGACACGAAAGCCUGGAUGUUCUGGCAUAGCCGACAGCACAGCGUGAAGCAACGCAUCCUCGACAUUGACACUAAGAACAGCGUCGGUCUGGUUGGCGGUAUCGAUGAGGUGGCUCACAACGCCGUGGCCGUCUACUGGAACCCACUGGAGAGCUCAGCCAAGAUCAGCAUUGCUCUGCAGUGCCUCAGCACAGACUUCAGCAGUCAAAAGGGAGUCAAGGGUCUGCCGCUGCACGUGCAGAUUGACACAUAUGACGACUACCGGGACCCUAACGCAGCCGUCAUACAGCGCUCUUACUGCCAGGUCAAAUCCUUCUGUGACAAGGGUGCUGAGAGGAAGACCCGGGACGAGGAGCGACGCGCCUCCAAGCGGCGAAUGACCGCCACUGGCCGUAAGAAGAUGGAAGAGAUGUACCACCCGGCCUGCGAGCGGACAGAGUUCUACAGCAUGGCCGACACGCUGAAACCGGCGCAGCUCUUCCAGCCGAGCGCCGACUCGGAAAAGAUCGGGAACAUGGAGCUGCAAAACUACUACGUUCAGCAGGACGGAGACAGCCACGGCCUGUACCAGGACGUGGCCGAGUCACCGGCUCUGCCCCUCAGUCCUGACGGCCUGCAGAGUCAGUACAGCCUGCCCCCGGCCACUGCCGAGAUGGCAGAGAGGGAUGAGAACGGCCUGUUCCUCCCGUCGGCCAAACGGGCGCGACUGACGCCACCGCUCAGCCAGCGGGUGAUGCUGUACGCCCGUCAAGAACAGGAGGAAGUCUACACGCCGCUGCACGUAGCGCCACCUACAACACUGGGCCUACUCAAUGCCAUCCAGAGCAAGUACAAAAUCAGUACGUCUUGCGCUCACACGCUCUGUCGGAAGAACAAGAAAGGGGUGACGGCGACUAUGGACGACGAUAUGAUAGCACACUACUGCAAUGAGGAUACCUUCUUACUGGAGAUCCGGCAGGCUGAGCAGGACGGCUCGUACCACAUCACACUGAUCGAAGUCGGCGACUGAGGUCACUGCAGAGCGGCUCCGAGGAGCCCGAGCGGCUCCACAGAACACCCGCACGCGAUCUCCUUAUACUGAGGACUAACCACGUGUCGUCUGAGAGACCCACGUGUUGUGAGAGGCCCCACGUGCCGUGAGAGGCCCCAUGUGUCCCAGGAAGACCUAAGGGUCGGUCUGGGAUGAGAAACCACGAGCUGACGGAUGCAGUGUAUAUCGUGUAACCUGAGCUGACAGGUCAAAUGACCCUCGAGCUGUCAGAGGAGGCUUCGUGUGAGUUUGGAAAGCGAGCGAUUUCCCGCUGACUGGCUCACGAGCUGAAGUUCGACCACCACCCUCAGCCGAGCGGCAAUUGUGUACAUAGUGUGUGAAAAACGAUCACAGACAAUCUGUUGGCGGUCGGAAUAUUGUUGUGAUAAGUGAUAUCGAGCGUUGUACCUGAGGACCUUGGGUUUUGAUAUCAAACGAGAUUAGCACAAAGUGCUCAAAGUUGACCGGAUGCUGUACUCGCGGCUCCAUAGUUUAAGGUGUGCCGACUUGAUAAAUCUGAUUUGUACACAGACUUAUGUCAAUACCGUGCCAUGCGACGCUUCUACAGUGCCAAACGAGCUCAAAGCAACGACUACGAAUCGACUCAUGUGACGUUAGAAUUACCUCACUCGGCUAGAUAUUUCUCUCCACUGAUAAGAACCGUACAUCAUCUAUCCGUACUGCACAUAAUCAAAAUUUAUCGACAGUGUUUGAUGGACCAGUGGUUGUGAGGUGUCCUAAUUUAUUGUCCUUAUAGGCGUGAUUGUCGUGUGAACGGAAGCGCGAUGUCUAAGUAGACCCCGCCACCUCUGAGCGACCUAGUCGCCGACGGUGAAGCGCCGUUUUUCAAUACAACUGACACGCUCGCUCAAA